UAUAUGCCAGGAGGUAUGCCAGGGAUUGGGGAUGCAGAAAUAAAGAAGAUGUGUUCGCAGUGCCCAAGUUCACUCAAACCUCGAGGGGGAGCGUGUUGUCAAGUGAACAGAUAGUUCUAGAAUCUAGACAAUGCGACACAUUCUUGGGAACCUUAAUCUCAUCUUUAAAAUAAGGAGAAUUACUGAGUGACCUGAAGGACCCUUUUCAGCUGGAAAGUCUGAACUGACCAACACUGGAUGAAUUUGACCAUUUCUUAGGAGACUGGAAUGUUAAGUUUCUAUAAAUGAAUGAACCAGUUCUCUCUUGUUUGGAGCAAUGCUGAAAUUCCAAGAGGCAGCUAAGUGUGUGAGUGGAUCAACAGCCAUUUCCACUUAUCCAAAGACCUUGAUUGCAAGAAGAUACGUGCUUCAACAAAAACUUGGCAGUGGAAGUUUUGGAACUGUCUAUCUGGUUUCAGACAAGAAAGCCAAACGAGGAGAGGAAUUGAUGAACAGUACCUCCUCCUUUUGUGCACCCUCCCACCAUUUUCUGGUAGAAGUUCUGGAGAAGCUGUAUAUCUAAUGAGAAGUGAAAAUAUAACCAAAAUAAGCAGGUGGAAUAAUUGGGCAUUUACUCGCUUAAACCAGAAAGGUACUUAAGGAAAUAUCUGUUGGAGAACUAAAUCCAAAUGAAACUGUACAGGCCAAUUUGGAAGCCCAACUCCUCUCCAAGCUGGACCACCCAGCCAUUGUCAAGUUCCAUGCAAGUUUUGUGGAGCAAGAUAAUUUCUGCAUUAUCACGGAGUACUGUGAGGAAAUCAGGCACUUAAUAUCAAUGCAGGAAACAGACACACAACUUUUACCCACCUCUGUUGUUCUGCAUCUCUCCUUCCACUUGAAAGAUUGUAAGCAGGUGAUUGUCAGACCAACAAUAAAUGUCACUCAGAGAGCAUGCAUCCAUAUGGCAAGUAAUGAGACCAUUUGAUGUACAACAGAUGGCUGUAUAUGAGCAUUUAAGACACUUGAGAGAAUACAGAACACCAGGGAGACUAUUGUGAUGGUUAUCAGGAGGAUAAUACUAAGAGAGUGAAGUGUAUUCCUUAACAGAGGCCACCAUGAACCAAAACAAUUAUAAUAAAAUGAAUCAAAAAAAUGAGCCAGAAGAGGAAUCUACUUGUUUUAACCAAGGCCGAGAUCUGGACGAUAAAAUUCAGGAAUAUAAACAAGCUGGAAAAAUCUUUCCAGAAAAUCAAAUAAUAGAAUGGUUUAUCCAGCUGCUGCUGGGAGUUGACUACAUGCAUGAGAGGAGGAUACUUCAUCGAGACUUAAAGUCAAAGAAUGUAUUUCUGAAAAAUAAUCUACUUAAAAUUGGAGAUUUUGGAGUUUCUCGACUUCUAAUGGGAUCCUGUGACCUGGCCACAACUUUAACUGGAACUCCCCAUUAUAUGAGUCCUGAGGCUCUGAAACACCAAGGCUAUGACACAAAGUCGGACAUCUGGUCACUGGCAUGCAUUUUGUAUGAGAUGUGCUGCAUGAAUCAUGCAUUCGCUGGCUCCAAUUUCUUAUCCAUUGUUUUAAAAAUUGUUGAAGGUGACACACCUUCUCUCCCUGAGAGAUAUCCAAAAGAACUAAAUGCCAUCAUGGAAAGCAUGUUGAACAAGAAUCCUUCAUUAAGACCAUCUGCUAUCGAAAUUUUAAAAAUCCCUUACAUUGAUGAGCAGCUACAGAACCUAAUGUGUAGAUAUUCAGAAAUGACUCUGGAAGACAAAAAUUUGGAUUGUCAGAAGGAGGCUGCUCAUAUAAUUAAUGCCAUGCAAAAAAGGAUCCACCUGCAGACUCUGAGGGCACUGUCAGAAGUACAGAAAAUGACGCCAAGAGAAAGGAUGCGGCUGAGGAAGCUCCAGGCGGCUGAUGAGAAAGCCAGGAAGCUGAAAAAGAUUGUGGAAGAAAAAUAUGAAGAAAAUAGCAAACGAAUGCAAGAAUUGAGAUCUCGGAACUUUCAGCAGCUGAGUGUUGAUGUACUCCAUGAAAAAACACAUUUAAAAGGAAUGGAAGAAAAGGAGGAGCAACCUGAGGCAAGACUUUCUUGUUCACCCCAGGAUGAGGAUGAAGAGAGGUGGCAAGGCAGGGAAGAGGAAUCUGAUGAACCAACUUUAGAGAACCUGCCUGAGUCUCAGCCUAUUCCUUCCAUGGACCUCCGCGAACUUGAAUCAAUUGUAGAGGAUGCCACAUCUGACCUUGGAUAUCAUGAGAUCCCAGAAGACCCACUUGUGGCUGAAGAGUACUACGCUGAUGCAUUUGAUUCCUAUUGUGAAGAGAGUGAUGAGGAGGAGGAAGAAAUAGCGCUAGAAAGACCAGAGAAAGAAAUCAGGAAUGAGGGAUCCCAGCCUGCUUACAGAACAAACCAACAGGACAGUGAUAUCGAAGCGUUGGCCAGGUGUUUGGAAAAUGUCCUGGGUUGCACUUCUCUAGACACAAAGACCAUCACCACCAUGGCUGAAGACAUGUCCCCAGGACCACCAAUUUUCAACAGUGCGAUGGCCAGGACCAAGAUGAAACGCAUGAGGGAAUCAGCCAUGCAGAAGCUGGGGACAGAAGUAUUUGAAGAGGUCUAUAAUUACCUCACGAGAGCAAGGCAUCAGAAUGCUAGCGAAGCAGAGAUCCACGAGUGUUUGGAAAAAGUGGUGCCUCGAGCCAGUGACUGUUUUGAAGUGGACCAGCUCCUGUACUUUGAAGAGCAGUUGCUGAUCAUGAUGGGAAAAGAACCUACUCUCCAGAACCAUCUCUAGGCAACUAUCAAAAAGAAGCAGAAGUUCAAGUGGACAAAUUUAUGUGAAAAUUCAUUUAACAUAUGAGCUGAACUCUAUUAUGGGGAAUGGAUACAAAAGCAGAGCUCCCAUCUUGACUUUCAAUUCCUCAUCAGAAGUACUAGCUUCUUUAGAGAGUAGUAAGCAUGGCUGCCUAUGCUUGGAGUCAUAAGUGUUAUUUGGACUAUACCCUGAGAUAAGCUUAUAGAUCAAGUUUGGCUCCCUUGAAAAGCAUUUCUCUCAUGUGCGCCCUCAGGGCUUCCAGCAGGAUUGAGUCACCCUGACGAUGACUGGGGAGAAGCCGUGUGCUCUUCAUUAUUUUUAGCUGGAGGACAGAGCUCAGUGCCUGACUGCCUAGGGUCUCGUGGACUGUGGGCAGCCUGCCAGUGAAGGUCACUGGACUCUAGCCUACAACAUGCUGAGCUACAGCCCAGAAGCCAGACAUGCCUGUCUUAGCUGACCUGUUUUUGGUCCACUUUUGCCCUUCCAUGACUAACAAGGAAGAUAUGUGUGUAUUUCAUACACACACAAGGACCUGGAUUAAAAAUCCAACAAGUGAUUCUCUUCUAUGAUUUAUUUCAAACUCAUCCAUAGAUAAUUCAAGAUUUGUAUUCAAAAUAAACAUAGUUUUCACAGUUACAAAAUAAAUCACCUAUUUUAUCUUUU